UCGAUUCUCGAAGAAGGUACAGGCACCUACCUCUCUUUGAAUCAUCAUCAUUUUCGAAGAAGAGACGAAGUUUUAGAUUACAAAGGAAACGAAACGAUCUCUUUUUUUUUAAACGUGCGUAGCUGCACGAAAAAUAAAACCUGCAACAAAUAACAUUAGAACCACAAAAAUGUGGUUGUGUGUGUGUACGACUCUCCAUGCACCAUGCUGUAUGGCAGGUAAGCAGCCUCCCAUUUGAUUGGACUUAUUACCGAUGUCGGCCGAGUUACGUAAUUCAUCUUCCCCUUUCUUUCAAUGUCCUCGGCUACACCCAUGCGAGUGUGGGUGUGAGGGUAUUCACGAGGGCUCCCCUUUUUCCUAUCCUACCUGGUGGGUUGGAGCACGUGUGGAUGCCUGGCCGUAUUUCCCGGGCAUAAAGUUACAAGUUGGCAGUCCGUCCGUCCAGCAUCAGGCGGGGAUCAGUGUUGCAGCAGGCGCUUCCGUCGUCGUCGUCAUCUCCCACAGGUGGAUUUAUUUCCUCCCCAUUCUUGAUUCCUUAUUGGCCGCCCCCCAAAAAGGCGACAACAGGUGAAAAUAUAUAUAUAAAACGAUCAUCUUUUUCAUUUCCAUUCGUUUGGCAAACGUUCACAACCAGAAAAUCCCGACGAAAAGAUAUCGUUACAGUGUUUGUUAAAAUUAUAUGCGUGUGGAUUUUUUCUUUAUCAUUUUCAUCUUAAGUCGAACGUCACGGGCUGUGACACGUUCUUGACCGGAUUGCUGUUGCUGCUGCUGCUGCCAAACGUCGUAAAAAGCGACUCACAAAAGUGAACAAACGUUUCAACGCAACUGUUAACACCGAGCAAUAAUAACCCACAAGUUCUCCCGGGUGUGUGUGUGUGUGUGUUAUCCUGCGAGAAUAAGUUAACGAAAUCAUCAAAUCCCGAUGGCUUAUCGUCAACGGAGAGGAACUUUUCCGACAUCGGUCGUCGCCGUCUGCUGGGCUCUGCUGGUCCUGCUGAUGUCGAGCGACGUAUGCAAAUCGCAGCCCAUUAAGAAGCCGCCAGCCAUAACUUACGUUGCCGGACCCAAUCAGUUGACCUUGCUGUUGGGCAGCAGCUCAUUCCGAUUCGGCUACGAUACGGACGACCAAUUCCGAGCUGAAAGGCGUUUCCCUAAUGGCACCGUGGCCGGCUAUUAUGGCUACAUGAGGGCCGAUGGUAAACCCAUCCGUGUCAAAUACGGAGCGGUCGACAAUCUCGGCUUUUCGGCCAUCGAAGAAAUUAUUCCAGUCACAUUCCCGCCGCCGACGACUCUCGAGCCCAGCGAAGAAGGAGAAGGCAGCGGCUCCUUGGAGCCCGUCACGGAUACGCCCCUUACCACCGUUACCGAGACGGUCGCGCUGGUCGACGAGCCGUUCAUAGUCGAUGACGCUGAAGACAAAUUGAAAACUGUCCUCGUCUUGCCCAAACAGCCGAUAGUUGACGACGAAAAAGAGUCUGUUUCCAUCGACGCGGCUGAUUAUUUCAGGUCCGGUGGAUUUCUGCCCGCCUCUCAGGCACUCGACAGCAACUUUCGAUUCGUCUUUCCCAAAAUUGACGUUCCGGAUCUUCCGCAACGACGUCAGACUCGAGCGGCUUUUCCUCCGCCCGUCGCCUUACCACCAACAGACCCCGUAGAGGAUCGCCGGAUUGUUGUUGAACAACUUCCGGGGGAACCGCCCAUCAUCUUCAAACAGCCGAAUCGUUUCCACAAGCUUGCGAGCACUCGUUACACGCUCAAUUGACCCAUUUAAAUUAUUUUUAACAAAUCAACUCAUGCACAACGAAAAACAAAUUCCUUUUCUAGAAUUCUUAAAUAAUUAAUUUGAAACUAGUUGCAAUGAUCGAUUGGUCACCUUAAAAUUUAAUAUAAGUUUUAAAAAAUAAUAAUUCAAACAACAUUCUGUUGUAAUUCUCAGUUAUGCUGGACAUCACCAUAAACGAAUGAUACGAUAAA